UCUUCGUCUGUUGAAGAGAGAAAUCUCAGAGUUCACCGAUCAGCUCUCUAAGCAAUCAAAUUGAAGAAGCUGAUACUCUCCCCGAUGCCGCCGAAGAGAAACUUCAGGAAACGUCCCUUAGAGGAGGAGGAAGAAGAAGAAGAUGAACAAAGCAAAGCCGCGAGUUCAGAAGAAGAAGAGAAACGAAGAUUGGCGUUGGAAGAGGUGAAGUUUCUGCAGAAACUGAGAGAGAGGAAGCUAGGGAUCUCAGCUCUGUCCACGGCGCAGAAUAGCACGGGGAAAGCGAAAACAGGAGAGAAAGCUGAGGCUGAAGGAGAGAAAGAGGAGCUCGUGUUGCAGGAUACUUUUGCUCAAGAGACUGCUGUUUUGAUUGAAGAUCCCAACAUGGUGAAGUACGUUGAGCAAGAAUUGGCGAAGAAAAGGGGGAAGAGUCUUGAGGAUGCAGAGGAGGUUGAGAACGAGUUGAAGCGAGUGGAAGAUGAGUUGUAUAAGAUACCUGAUCAUCUUAAAGUUAAGAAGCGUAGCUCAGAAGAGAGCUCAACACAGUGGACUACUGGAAUAGCAGAAGUGCAACUCCCUAUCGAAUACAAGCUGAAGAACAUUGAAGAAACAGAAGCGGCCAAGAAGCUUCUGCAAGAGAAGAGGCUUAUGGGUAGGCCAAAAUCAGAGUUCAACAUUCCGUCUAGUUACAGUGCCGAUUAUUUCCAACGCGGGAAAGAUUAUGCUGAAAAGCUUAGAAGAGAACAUCCUGAGUUAUACAAAGAUAAAGGAGGACCUCAAGCUGAUGGCGAAAGACCUAAGCCGUCUACUAGUAACAAUAAUGCUACGGAUUCAGGGAAUACCAGACAAGCUGCAACUGAUCAGAUAAUGAUGGAACGGUUCCGCAAGAGAGAGCGUAACCGUGUGAUGAGGAGAUAAAGAGAGGCUUCUUGAUGAUACUCGACCGUGGGUAACAUUUUGAUAUUAUGAAAAGCUUUAACACUUUGUCCGGAUAUUUGAUUUCAUGUAUUCAAUCAAAUUAUGUAACAUUUCAUUCAAGAAAUCAGUUUUUUUUUUA